AAAAGAUUGGAGCAGCAACAACUUCCUCAUAUCCUGGAUUCAAGGAGGCAACAUAAAUCAGAUGAAGAAGGAAGGCUGUUAUUUCAAAGCCCAAGCUCCUUUUUGCCCCUGAAGCCCUGGCUAGUUACUUAAGGAACUACAAAUUUACACCCUCAGCUGAAGGUCUUCAAUGAACAAAAUGGAUAGAAGCUUAAAGAAUAUUAUUGUGGUGGCCUUUGGAUUUCUUCUUCUAUUUACAGCUUAUGGAGGUCUCCAAAAUCUACAGAGCAGCCUCAAUGAUGAGGAAGGACUAGGAGUGGCUACCCUUAGUGUUGUCUAUGGAGCCCUGAUUUUGUCUUCCAUGUUCCUUCCUCCAAUACUCAUUAAGAAAUUUGGCUGCAAGUGGACCAUUACAGCUUCUAUGUGCUGCUACAUUGCUUUCUCUCUGGGGAACUUCUAUGCUAGCUGGUACACCUUGAUCCCCACAUCCAUAAUACUAGGUCUAGGAGGAGCCCCUCUGUGGUCGGCCAAAUGUACUUACCUUACAAUUAGUGGAAAUGCUUAUGCACAGAAGGCAGGAAAACUUGGGAAAGAUGUCGUCAACCAGUACUUUGGCAUCUUCUUUCUCAUAUUUCAGUCCUCAGGGGUCUGGGGGAACUUGAUUUCAUCUCUGGUGUUUCAGCAGGAGUCUAUCAAAGGAGAGAUCUCAGAUGACCAGCUGAUGCACUGUGGUGCAAAGGAUUGUUUUAAAACCAGUACAUCUUCAAAUAACAGUACACGUCCAACACAAGACUUAAUCUACACUCUGCUGGGUAUCUAUACUGGAAGUGGUAUUUUGGCAGUAUUAUUGGUAGCUGUAUUUCUUGAGCAGAUCCCAAAAGAUCAACUGGAAAAUUCAGAAGAAAAUGCGUCUAUUUGGUCCAAUUUCCUGGCAACUUUCCGGCAUCUUAAAGAUAAGCGGCAGGUUCUCCUCAUUCCUCUGACAAUGUAUAGUGGAUUUGAGCAAGGAUUCCUUUCUGGUGACUAUACAAAGUCAUAUGUCACCUGUGCCCUGGGGAUAAAAUAUGUUGGUUAUGUGAUGAUCUGCUUUUCGGCCACCAAUUCCCUCAGCUCUAUGCUCUUUGGAAAGCUCUCCCAGUAUACUGGCAGAAGAAAUUUGUUUGUUCUAGGUGCUGUGAUACACUUUUCCUGCAUCAUUUCUCUUUUGCUGUGGAAACCUCAUCCCAGUCAGAUGGCUGUGUUCUUCGUAUUUCCUGCCCUUUGGGGAAUGGCAGAUGCUAUUCUGCAAACACAAACCAAUGCCUUCUAUGGAGUUUUAUUUGUGAGGAACAAGGAAGCUGCUUUUGCCAACUACCGUCUUUGGGAAUCCUUUGGAUUUGUCAUUGCUUUUGGAUACAGCACAUUUUUGUGUGUCAACAUCAAGUUAUAUAUACUACUUGGAGUACUGAUUUUGUCAGCGGUGACCUAUGGGAUUGUUGAAUACAUGGAACGUGGACAAUCAUCUGAAAUACUUACUGACAAAAAGGAAACUCAAGGAGAAGAAACAUUUACACAAACAAAUAUGUAAAAAUGACAAUCUACUUGAGGAGAGAGAAUAAGAAGGUUUAAGAAUGGUUUUCCCUGUAGAAGCAACUAAAAUAUUAAAUUGUUUUCUCAGAACAAUUUCAGCAUUGGUUAACAAUACUUGAAUUUAUCUGUGAUCUUAUGGAUGUGAAUAUUCCUUCCUUUAACUGGUACAGAUCACAAACCCAUCCAGGUUUUUUCCUCCUGUGUAAUUCCUGUCUAAACUCUUCCAUACAUGUUCCACAGGAAAUUUAUGCCACAUUCUGGAACCUCUAUAUCUUUUUUUUUUAAACCCUUGUACUUCGGUGUAUUGUCUCAUAGGUGGAAGAUUGGUAAG